CACAAAGGUAAAUAGAGCAAAGAGGUUAAACAAAAGCCAAACAAACUCCGAGUGAAAACGAAACGGACGCGAUAGUGAAGAGCGCGACCGAACCGAUCUCGAAAAAGAAGUACAGACGUUGUUGAGUGUAUAUAUAGAGAUUGGUGAUGAUUGGAUCUCUAAAUAUAUAUUAUAUAUAUUAUAUUAAACAAUGUUAAAGACUUUUGCUCAAUUGUCCAAUAGUUGAAGGGCAAUUACACGCUGAUCUUACAUCUGUAUCACACAGCUCUGUAAAUAUAAGUUGUUAAACACAUACGCGAAAAAAAAGAAAAGGACAUACGUGUAUACACAUACAUAUAUACAUACACACAUAUAUAAUGUUGGAACAAUCAUAUCAUUUCGGAGAAACGCCGUUUAAAAAUAAAUCCGAAAUAUACGACGAAUUGAUAACAGAUUUAGGAAAAGUUAUCACUAAUGACGGAUAUUUGCAAAAAUGUGAAAUUCAGGAAAAGGUCAAUGCUCUCUGCAAAUGGAUGUGUACAACUCCUAGAAAAAGUAUUUAUAGAUUAGAUCACUUUUCCAAUCAUUAUGCAGACAAUCUGCAGAAACUUUGUAAAGCAUUAAAACAGGUUGAUAAACCAGAUCCGUCUAUUCACUUUUUACCUGAUCUUCCAAACGGGAUAGUCGCUGUUGAUAGUUGGGAUUCAUCGGUAUCUCUCGAUUUAAAGAGAUAUCCAAACGAGAUUAUUGUCGAUGCUAUAUGUGGUGCAGCUGUACUAAGAGGGUCUCACGUUUAUGCUCCUGGUGUUAUUGGGAUGCCGAAUGGUUUAAUCAUUAAUUGUAAAGUUAGCGUAUUCGCCGACGUUACCGGUCAUUGUAAAAAAGGCUUAAUUAAACCAUACCCAGAUAGCAAGAAGAUGUAUUUGGGUAAUGGCAUUCUUCGACAAACUAGGAAAGAAUUAUUUGGUAAAGCUGCAACAAAUCCAUGCGGUAUUGCAAUAAUUAUGAGCGAUGUAAUCUCACGAGUUCCACAAUUGAAUACGGAUAAUGAAUUUUUGAGACCAUAUGCACUGUUACAAAAUUUGCCGUCUAUUAUAUGUAGUCUAGUCUUAAAUCCCCAACCGGGUGAGACAAUUUUGGAUAUGUGCGCUGCACCUGGUAACAAAACUACGCAUAUUUCGUUUCUUAUGAAAGGCCAGGGCAAGAUAAUAGCAUUAGAGAAAAAUGCAGGUAAAGCGAAGCGAUUUAAGGAAAAGUGUAAUGACGAAAACAUUAAAAUAUUUUGUUACGAUGCUACAAAGGCUGUCGUUGAACGAGGCGAUAGUUUUGUCGGUAAUACCGAUACACCCCCAUUUAAACAGGAUCACUUUGAUCGUAUUCUCUUGGACGCACCAUGCAGCGCAUUAGGUCAAAGACCGCAAUUGUAUAAUACAAUCACAUUGGCGCAGCUUCGUUCGUACAUUCCCUUGCAACGAAGUCUUUUUUCUGCCGCCGUCCGUCUCUUGAAACAAAACGGAAUAUUGGUGUAUAGUACGUGCACUAUUACAAUAGCAGAGAAUGAAGGAAUCAUUGCUUGGGCAUUGAAACAAUUUCCACAGUUAAAAUUAGAAUCCGUUACAGAUCGGAUAAAAACAAAUAGAUAUGGUCGUCAAGGAUAUACCAUAGAUGGUCUAGUGAACGAAAAUGCGAGAAAAGUAUGUAGAUUUGAUACUGAAAGUAUUGAUUCUGUUGGAUUUUUUAUUGCAUGUUUUAAAAAAUGUUGCUAGUAUAAUUAAGUGCAUUGAAACUGUACAUUAUCUGUAUAUCUAAAGUUAUUCCGUUGAAAAAUAGACUCUUGAUUGCAAGA